CUCAAACAAAUUCACACCGACACAUCCAUAUUCUUGUUUAACCGGCGACACACACACCCCACCACACAGAUGAGAUGACAGACCCAUCCAACCUGCCCCUGCCCCUGCCCCUGCCUUUGCCUUUGAAAACCUCCACUGCCUGAUUGGUCCUUUGAAAACCUCCCACGCACAUUCUUGGCAGCUACUCUACUCAAUGGCGCUGUCCUCCUCCGGCCACCCGGCGACGACCCGCCUGCUCUUCUCGCUUCUGCUCGUGGGCUCGGCGGCGGGCUUGCCGGAGCGGGCGGCCAUCGACAGGGUCAACCGGCGAGGCCCUUCCCUCGGCCUCGUCAUGUCCUACGUCGACGAGGCCACCGCGCUGCAGGCCUCCGGCUACUUCCAGCCUUGGCGUGCCCUCCCUUUCGUUGACCUCUACGGACGGCGGUAUCACAUCGGCAGCAUUCGGGGCGUGAACGUGAUAUACGCACUGACAGGGCAACGCAGGCUGAACGCCGCCGUCACAGUACAGACGCUCAUCGACGUCUUCAGCGUGUCCGGCAUUGUUCACUACGGCACGGCAGGGAGCUGCAACGACUCCAUCUCCUUCGGCGACGUCAGUGUCCCCAGGCUCGUCGCCUACACGGGUGCCUGGACAUGGAAGAAGUUCAGAUCACCGAGAGAGUCAUCGGCGGAAUUGAGCUUCGGCGAAUACAACGUCCCAGACGGAGGAGGAGGGGAGAAUCUGCUCGGAUCCCUCAAGUACAGAAACGAGGAGCUUUACUCGGCCGGCAAGCCCAUGGAAGAGGUCUUCUGGCUGCCUGUGCAUUCGGCAUGGUUCAGAACUGCAGAACAGCUCACGGUGGAACUUGAAAGAUGCAACGACACUUUCUGCUUACCCACAGCUCCACGGAUUGUCUACGGGCUGAAGGGGUCGUCGGCUGACAUGUUCCUCGACAACGCGGAAUACAGGAAGUUCCUUUUCCAAGAGUUUGGGGUGUCUACAAUGGACGAGGAGAGCGCAGCGGUGGUGAUGGUCAGCUCAGCUCCCUUACUCAUACAGUCAUACUUGCACUACCAACGUCGCCUGGCAUACCUGUGAUCGUGUUCCGAGGAGUGUCUGACUUGGCUGGAGGGGAGCCGACAUGGUCGUCCACAAGCCUGAUGAACCUGGCGUCCAUUAAUGCAUUAAAAGUGGCGGUAGAGUUCAUCGCUGCAGUUGGCAAGCAUAGUUCAACCGCAUCAGUAAAAAGAUGAUCGCCAUCCUCGUCCGUUGCUGCUCCAAAAUAGGCCUGCGGCAGUAACUGGAAGUUACUUAUGUUCAGAAUGAUGUCAAACCUUGUGGCUUCAAGUCAUAAUAUAAUACGUCCUCUCUAAUAAAGCGGUAGGAAGAUUGACGUACAUAUCCACAUUACUUUGCUCUCAGUUGCGUUGCGUCGAUCCCCUGCUUUGGGGAUGUGUACCCAUUCUCGAGGCUAUAAAAUGGACCUCUAAAUGUAUGGAACAACACAUCAAACAUUCUAAGAGUACAUUAUAACUUCGAGACUC